GAGUUUCUGUAACCAAAAUUCAUCACUAAAAACAAUGAUGCUCGGAGAGCACCAUAGAGCCAAUCCAACGGUUCACGUGCCACCGUGGCCAACUGACGAUAAUCCAACGGCUGAGAUGUUUUCGCCGUUUCUAACUAACGACGCCAAUGCCGGCGAGUACUCUCCGUACUAUCUCCAGGAGGCGCUAACGGCGCUGCAGCGUUAUCUACCGUCAAACGAAACGGACGCCGAUUCUGACUCGGAGGUUGCGAUGGACGCGCCGGUCGACGCGUAUUCCUGCGACCACUUCCGCAUGUUCGAGUUCAAGGUGAGGCGGUGCGCACGUGGCAGAUCGCACGACUGGACGGAGUGUCCGUACGCGCAUCCCGGCGAGAAGGCGCGCCGCCGCGACCCGCGGAAGUUCCACUACUCCGGCACGGCGUGCCCGGAGUUUCGCAAGGGAAGCUGCAAAAAGGGCGACGCGUGCGAGUUCGCGCACGGCGUCUUCGAGUGCUGGCUCCACCCCGCGCGCUACCGGACUCAGCCUUGCAAGGACGGCACCAGCUGCCGCCGGCGCGUGUGCUUCUUCGCGCACACGCCGGAGCAGCUAAGGCUGGUUCCGAUGCAGAGUCCGAGAAGCUCAAACUCGCCGGAGUCCUAUGAUGGUUCUCCGAUGAGGCAAAUCUCGAUGGCGCCGUUUAUGUCUUCUCCGGCGGCGUCUGUCUCCCCGCCGGAGUCGCCGCCGGUAUCGCCGUCGAUGAACGAGAUGGUGGCUUCUCUGCGGAAUUUGCAGCUUGGGAAGGUAAAAUCCAUGCCUCAGAAACGAAACGCGUCGAUCGGGAUCGGGUCACCUUGCUUCGGGUCUUCACCGAGAGGUUCGGUGCUCCGACCCGGUUUUUGUAGCCUCCCGAGUACGCCAACUCAGCAACCGGUUCGGUCGGGUGUUAGUUAUUUCGAUCUUUGGGAGAAGAGUUGUUGCGAGGAAGAGCCGGUGAUGGAGAGGGUGGAGUCCGGGAGGGACAUUAGGGCUAAGAUGUUUGAGAAGCUGAGCAAGGAGAAUUCCCUGGACGGGUCGGGUUCGGGUCAGGUAACCGGGGCUCCGGAUGUUGGGUGGGUUUCAGAGCUCGUGAAGUGAUGGGGCUUUUAUUGUUUGGAGUUGUGACGGUGUAGUGUAAAUAUUUGAUUUUCAUGGUAUGGUAUGGUAUGGUAUGGGUGAAGAGGAUAAUCUCUUUUUUGGGGGGAGUUUUCUUGGAAAAUCAAGAGUCAAGUCAAGACCUCUCCACAUGAUGCAUUGAUUUGGGAGAUCAAAGUAUCCAAAGCUUUUGUAUAGUUAGUAGCUUACUAUUAUUAUUAUUGUUAUUAUUAUGAAUAUGAAUUAUUAUUACCAUGUUUUAAUUAACUAGUGUGUCUGUUAUUGUCCCUUACUAAUCUCAUUGAUGUACAAAUGUAUAAUGUUUAGGAUCCAAGCCAAGCCAAGCUCCUUCUAGCUUGUCAUGCAGAUUAUUUAUGUGAAGUAUAUUUUGUUGAAAA